AUGGUGGCCACCAAAGGGCUGAACUUAUCAGCGCUGCGGCGCGUCCGGGGACUUUGGAAGGAGGAGCUUCAAUCGGUGACCUUGACUGAACUCUGGGGCGGCCAAACUGCUGAGCGAGACGAGGCCGGUUGCCUCCACCUGGCGCGGCAGACUCAAUACCAGCUGAAGGUGCGCAUGGGUCAUCGGCUCCAAGACUUCCUGUUCCUGCCCUACAAGGCCAUGGCGGAUCCGGCUGUGCGAACCUUGUACAGCAAGUAUGUCAAUGCCUACACCAUCCAUGAGGACUUCGACGAUUUGAGACGGCCUGAAGAUGUUGCAAAGUACUGGGUGGCCCUUGCUGAGAUCUUUGAAGAGAAUCAAAACGUGACCUCCCUCCUGGGCAUGGCCAGGCGGAGAAUCAUCCGAUUGGAUCCGGGUUUGGCCCCGACCUUUGACAACUUCGUCUCCAGUUUCUUGGUGUCGCGGAUUGGGACGCACUUGCUGGGUUCGGCAUUCUUUCAACAGGUGCCGACGCCUUCAGGGGGAAAGAAACCCGCAGGUGUGGCCAUGGGUGUACUGCAACCGACCAGUCCAGCGAGUUUACUGGGAGCUUUGGUGGAAUCAUUCAAGGGUCAGCACCCAGAGUUCGCAGUGCCGGUUGACAUCCAGGGCAACACCGAAACCUCGAUCCUCUACAUCCCUGGACACCUUCGUGGCAUUUUGCGGGAGGUCCUUCACAACGCUAUGAGGGAGACUGCCAGCAAUGCAGAGGUGUCUGGUGUGCAGCCAGCACCGGUCAAGGUGCGUAUCAACCAUGGCCAGUUGGGUGUCUUCGUGGUCAUCUCUGAUGAAGCCGGUGGCAUCGCAGACAUCGGCGAUGUGUGGAGAUGGGGAGAGGACCCAGCGAUUGUCAUGCAAGAUGCUGAAGAUAGCGAAGACGAGUGGGAGGACCCAGAAGCCUUGAUGGCCAAGGCCCAGGUCGCCAAGGCCACCAUGCGAUUGCCCUUGGGUUUUGGUUUGCCGUUGGCCAGGCUGACCGCCAGAUACUUUGGAGGUGACCUGCGGCUUCAAACACUGUUGGGACAUGGUACCAAUGCGUACAUCCACAUCCCAGAGCUUCAGCACGACGGCCACUUCGGAGUGUCGGACGGCGAUCGCGGAGCGCUGAAAAUCGGAAAAAAAAACGUCGCAGCAGCAACCAGGGUCCAAUAUACCCUGAUUAAUGGGGAUCUAAUGGGGUUUUAUGGUGCUUAA